AUGGUUAAAUUGACUAGAUUUGAUAUUGAAUUCAAUAAUGCUGCAAGUGCCUAUUUUGCUGGACAAGAAGUAUCCGGAAAG